AUGGAGUACUUCCCCCUGGGCGACCUCCAAAAGCACAUGUCCAAAAGCGGGCCAAUGCCCGAAACCCAUGUCCGCACAGUCAUCUACCAGGUGUUAGAAGGACUGCACUACAUGCACCGCGAGGGCUUUGCCCACCGUGAUAUUAAACCAGGGAACAUAUUGAUCAAAUCGCAGCCGCCCCAGAAAGAUUGGUGGGUUAAGCUCAGCGACUUCGGCAUUAGCAAGCGCAUCAGAGCACCAACCGAGAUGCAAUCGACUGUCAAGGGCACUCGGGAGUAUAUGGCGCCCGAGCUCCUCUUCCCCAAAAGUGGGGUCCAGGUCAAUAAUCAAGCUUGUGAUAUGUGGUCCCUCGGCGAGAUGGCGCACCGCAUGUUGGCCGCGACGGCCGCCUUCCCUUCCUUGGACGCCUUGUUCCACUGUAUGAUAAGGCCCGACUCGUGGCGAUUCCAAGAGCUGGGCCAGCACGGUGCCAGCGACAGCGCUGAAUCUUUUAUCUGUGCUCUGAUGAGGCCGACGCCCGAACAUCGCCUGCCCUCGGGUAAGGCCCUGGAACAUGAGUGGAUCCAGCCCUGCAAGCCCUCUGGAGUGAAACUCACCCCAUUAAGGGCGUCUACAUCAAUCAUGCAAUCUAAUAUUACUACACCCGGCCUCGUCACUAACCCGGCUCCUAAUUCCUGGGCAACAAUAUCAUCAGGUGCUUCAGCUUUAACCCUUGGGCAAGAUCAAAAUCUAGGUGUUCCUAUCCCCGAGGCGAUCUCUAAUAGCAGUAACGAGCCAACAACUAUCCAGGUCGAGCAACCUAAGCCAACGGGAAGAAUCAAGGAUGCGGCCCGGCUCGCAUCAGGCUCGGCCGACAAGACAGUGAAGAUCUGGGACCCGGCGACAGGCGCAUGCAUUUCAACCCUCAAAGGCCAUAGUGGUUGGGUCGGGUCGGUAGCCUGGUCGCACGAUGCGGCCCGGCUCGCAUCAGGCUCGGCCGACGAGACAGUGAAGAUCUGGGACGCGGCGACAGGCGCAUGCAUUUCAACCCUUAAAGGCCAUAGUCGUUCGGUCGAGUCGGUAGCCUGGUCGCACGAUGCGGCCCGGCUCGCAUCAGGCUCGCGCCACAGGACAGUGAAGAUCUGGGACCCGGCGACAGGCGCAUGCAUUUCAACCCUCAAAGGCCAUAGUGAUUCGGUCGGGUCGGUAGCCUGGUCGCACGAUGCGGCCCGGCUCGCAUCAGGCUCGGCCGACGAGACAGUGAAGAUCUGGGACCCGGCGACAGGCGCAUGCAUUUCAACCCUUAAAGGCCAUAGUGGUUUGGUCGAGUCGGUAGCCUGGUCGCACGAUGCGGCCCGGCUCGUAUCAGGCUCGCGCGACAGGACAGUGAAGAUCUGGGACCCGGCGACAGGCGCAUGCGUUUCAACCCUCAAAGGCCAUAGUUAUUGGGUCUGGUCGGUAGCCUGGUCGCACGAUGCGGCCCGGCUCGCAUCAGGCUCGGCCGACAAGACAGUGAAGAUCUGGGACCCGGCGACAGGCGCAUGCAUUUCAACCCUCGAAGGCCAUAGUGGUUCGGUUGAGUCGGUAGCCUGGUCGCACGAUGCGGACCGGCUCGCAUCAGGCUCGCGCGACAGGACAGUGAAGAUCUGGGACCCGGCGACAGGCGCAUGCAUUUCAACCCUCAAAGGCCAUAGUUAUUGGGUCUGGUCGGUAGCCUGGUUGAUAGGGGAAAAGGGCGCAGUAUGA